UCUUAACACAUAAUUGCAAUACCGUGUCAUUCAGUUGCCUCCGAAACCUUCAAUUCGCUGUCAUACCGUCACAAGUCUGCAGUUCCCUAUCGGUUGUCGUACUUCCAUAAAGCGCCAGCAUGUCGGCCUCAUUUUCUACAAAGACCCAGCCACCCUCAGGGCUGGACUUUUUGCGGCUUUCUUACCCAUCAAAGCACGUACUUCUGGCUCGUAUGGAUCACCCUUCUUCCCUAAACGCCCUUUCCUCGGAUUCCCUACGCGAGUUCGAUUCGGUUCUAGACUGGUACGAUGCCGAGCCCACUCUCCGCGUUUUGGUAGUCACCGGAACAGGGCGCGCAUUCACUGCGGGGGCGAAUCUCAAGGAGUGGCGCCGUUCACUGGAGGGAGACAAAGGGGAACAGUUUGGCGUCCGAGAAGGGGUCACUCCCUUCACACGUCGCAAGGGGAAGAAGCCCAUCGUGGCGGCAGUAAACGGAUUUGCUUUUGGCGGAGGGUGUGAGUUCGCUGUCAACUGCGAUCUGGUUGUUGCAGCAGACACAGCCAUCUUUGCUCUCCCCGAGGUCAAGCGGGGACUGGCUCCGACCGGUGGUGUUCUCACACGGAUCGUACACACUGCUGGGAUGCAGGUGGCUUCCGAGAUUGUCCUCACGGGGCGGCGGCUUUCCGCUCAGGAAAUGCACUCAUGGGGGAUUGUGAACAAGGUGGUUCCAUCCGACAAGGUUGUGGACGAAGCAUUGCGCUAUGCGUCACUGAUCGCAGAGAACAGUCCUGACGCUAUCGUUUGUGCGAGGGCCGGCUUGCGGCAAGCUUGGGAGACGGCGGAUGUUGAAGCGGCGACAGAUCAGUGGUUCCAGCAGUACUUUAGCUUGCUUGAACGGGGUGAAAACAUAAGAGAGGGUCUGACAGCCUUUAUUGAGAAGAGAUCACCUGUCUGGAAGGAGUCAAAGAUAUAG